CCUGGGUAGGAGGGGAGAGAGGGAACCAGGAGGGAGGGUCAAGGAGGCUCUGCUUUAUAAAGGCCAAGGAGAGAGCGCAACUCGCCAGACCCAGACGUCUGGAUCCCCUGUGCGGCCACCGCCUACCUGACCGAGCCACCCCAAGAUCCACCACUGAGUUCUCCAGAGUUGUACAGAGGGCCCGCUCGCCAUGGCCCUCUUUGGGACACUCUUCUUAGCGCUGCUGGCCAGCGCUUACGCAGAGCUCCCAGGCUGCAAGAUCCGUGUCACAUCCAAGGCGCUAGAGCUGGUGAAGCAAGAGGGGAUGCGCUUUUUGGAGCAAGAGCUGGAGACCAUCACUAUCCCAGACCUGCGGGGCAAAGAAGGCCAGUUACACUACAACAUAUCUGAGGUGAAGGUUACUGAGCUGCAGCUGAGGUCCUCCGAGCUCCAUUUCCAGCCCAAGCAGGAGCUGAUUCUACAAAUCACUAACGCCUCCUUGGGCCUGCGAUUCCGGAGACAGCUUCUCUACUGGUUCUUCUAUGAUGGGGGCUACAUCAAUGCUUCGGCAGAGGGUGUGUCCAUCCACACAGGUCUGCAGCUCUCCCAGGAUCCCACCGGCAGGAUGAAAGUGACCAAUGUCUCAUGUCAGGCCUUUGUCUCCAGAAUGCAUGUGGCCUUCGGGGGAACCUUCAAGAGGGUGUAUGAUUUUCUGUCCACAUUCAUCAUCUCUGGGAUGCGCUUUCUGCUCAACCAGCAGAUUUGUCCGGUGCUCUACCACUCAGGGAUGAUCUUGCUCAACUCCCUCUUGGACACCGUGCCUGUGCGCAGUGCUGUGGACAAGCUGGUCGGCAUCGACUACUCCCUUCUGAAGGAUCCCGUGGUCUCCACUGACAAUCUGGACAUGGAAUUCCGGGGAGCAUUCUUCCCCCUGGCUGAAGGGAACUUGAGCUUCAUCAACCAGGCAGUGGAGCCUCAGCUACAGGAGGAGGAGCGGAUGGUGUAUGUGGCCUUCUCUGAGUUCUUCUUCGACUCUGCCUUGGAGAGCUACUUCCGGGCAGGAGCCUUUCGGCUGUCACUGGAGAAGCUGCCAAAGGAUCUGGAUGUGCUGCUGAGGGCCACCUUCUUUGGGAGCAUUAUCCUCCUGACUCCCGCAGAGAUUGAUUCCCCGCUGAAGUUGGAGCUUCGGGCCAUCGCCCCACCGCGCUGCACUAUCAAACCCUCAGGCACCACCAUCUCGGUCACUGCCAGUGUCACCAUCUCCCUGGCCCCACCCAACCUACUGGAAGUCCAACUGUCCAGCAUGAUCAUGGACGUGCGUCUCAGUGCCAAGAUGGCGCUCCGGGGCAAGGCGCUGCGGGCCCAGCUGGAACUUGCCAGGUUCCGAAUCUACUCAAACCAGUCUGCACUGGAGUCUCUGGCUCUGAUCCCACUGCAGGCCCCUCUGAAGGCCCUGCUGCAGAUCGGGGUGAUGCCCAUGCUCAACGAGCGGACCUGGAGGGGAGUGCAGAUCCCUCUGCCGGAGGGUAUCACCUUCGUGCGUGAGGUGGUGACGAACCAUGCGGGCUUCCUCACCAUCGGGGCUGACCUCCACUUUGCCAAAGGACUGCGAGAGGUGAUUGAAAAGAACCGGCCUGCCAAUACCAGAGAUGCCCAGGCAUCCAGUGCCCCUCCACCCUCCUCGGCAGCUGCCUGAGCCCUCACUCCCCACCCUGGUAGUUGCUGGUCAGGACUGCAGCCCUCUCAAUCCUUCCCUCUGCUCCUCCAUAGUCCCGUAGGGUCCCUUGAGUCCCCAGUGCCACAGAGAAGACAGGGUUUGAAGCUGUGCCCAGUUUAAUUCCAUAAUCAGUUUAUCUGUCAAUUACAAUCCGUCCAUCUCUC